ACAAAUGACACAACCAAAACUCUAAAAAUAAAUAAAAAACUUGCUGAUAUUAUCAUUCCCCUGUUUUUUCAUCAUUCCUCUGUUUUUCUUAAUAAUUUUCAUUAAAUUAUCAAAUCAAUUCCCUAUUUCAAGGUUAUUUGUGAUCAAAUUAAUCAGUUAAUUUUUAAAAAGUGCCGAUUUUUUUGGAUUUUCAUUAAAAAUAAAGGGGCAAAAAUCAAGGAAAAAAAUGAAGGAUGUUCAAGGAAACCCGCUUCACCUAAAAUCUAUAAAUCAUAUUUCUCUUCUUUGUCGUUCAAUUGAAGAAUCCAUUAGCUUUUAUCAAGAUGUUCUUGGGUUUUUUCCAAUUAGACGACCCGGUUCAUUUGAUUUUGAUGGAGCUUGGCUGUUUGGGUACGGAAUUGGAAUACACUUGUUACAGGCGCCUGAACCAGAGAAAUUGCCCAAAAAAACAGAAAUUAAUCCAAAGGAUAACCACAUUUCUUUUCAGUGUGAAAGCAUGGGAGCAGUAGAGAAGAAGCUGAAAGAAAUGGGGAUCAAGCAUAUAAGAGCACGAGUCGAAGAAGGUGGAAUAUUCGUGGAUCAGCUCUUCUUCCAUGAUCCAGACGGUUUCAUGAUCGAAAUAUGCAACUGCGACAACCUCCCAGUGAUUCCUCUCUCGGGAGACAUGGUAAGAUCGUGCUCGCUCGUGAAAUUCGACCUCUUACAGCAACAACAGAAAACUAGCCCUGUGGUCCAGCAGUAGAGAUGAACACAAAUAUUGGGACCAAAGCAGGGGAAAAUGAAAAUGUGGCGCAUAUCAAUCUUGUAGGUUGAGAACUUGAAAAAUUAUGGACUAUUUUAGUUAAGAUUAUAGGGAGAUGUUGGUAAUGUAAGAAGUACUAUGUAUCAAAGUAAGGAGGACUUCACAGUGUUCUGUUUUUGUUUGGUUUAUGGGUUUGUGGUGUUAUAUUCUUGGGACGAAAGGCGAAAUGUCACUGUUUUUUUGCAAGAUCUAAAAUAAAAUUAUGGUGUUGUAGUGAUUGGAAAAUGAAAAACAAGAUUGUUGUUUUCUCAUUAUUUCAAAUGAAAUGUUAAAUACUUGUCAAUUCAAUCAUUCA